AUGCGUUACUCAGGGUCGUUUCAGGUUAUUCUGGGGGUGGUGGGCGUGGUUUUGUGCGUGGUGAGGGUUGUGCAGGCGCAGGAGAAUGCGUUCGGUCUUUUUGCGUAUGGCGAGGGGAUUAGUGGGUUGCUGGUGCAUUAUGUCGAUGGCUUGGCUCAACUCGGGAAUUCGGAUGAGAGUGUUGCUGGAAAGAUUCCUGUUUACUAUAUGCUCCUAAAAGUCCUUAUCAUUUGA